UCAAUACAUUACACGAAAUUUAUUAUACCUGAUGUAUCCUCCAUACUAGAAAAUACGAAGCGAAUUGGCAGAAUAAGGACGUAAAUAGCUGUCGACACAUCGAGUAAGGAUAGCAAGCGAAUUGCAAGUUGAAGAAAAUAAACGUUGGAAAGGAAGUGACGAAGGACAGAGAAACAAGACCUUCUCCUGGUCAACAGUGUACUAAAUUGUUAUUUGAGUAUCCUUCUGUAUUUUUGCCGAUAAACAGUUUAAGAUGCCAAAUAUUAAACUCCAAAGUUCUGAUGGCGAGGUUUUUGAGGUGGAUGUCGAUAUUGCAAAAUGCUCUGUUACUAUAAAAACCAUGUUGGAAGAUCUUGGAAUGGACGAAGAUGAGGAAGAAGUUGUACCUCUCCCAAAUGUUAACUCUGCUAUCCUAAGAAAAGUGAUACAAUGGGCUACCUAUCAUAAGGAUGAUCCACCACCACCUGAGGACGAUGAAAACAAGGACAAACGUACCGACGAUAUAAGUUCUUGGGACGCAGAUUUCUUAAAAGUUGAUCAAGGAACAUUAUAUGAAUUAAUUUUGGCUGCUAAUUACCUUGAUAUCAAGGGAUUAUUAGAGGUAACGUGCAAGACUGUUGCCAAUAUGAUAAAGGGUAAAACACCAGAAGAAGUUCGCAAAACAUUCAAUAUAAAAAAUGAUUUCUCUCCGUCAGAAGAGGAGCAGGUUCGCAAAGAAAAUGAAUGGUGCGAGGAAAAGUAGAUCAAAUCAUUUGUAGAUACUUGAUUUUUUUGAUUUUCUAAAAAUUCGCGUCCACCAGAAAUUAAAAGAGUUAAUGCAUUAUCUGUAAUCAUUUCAAAAGAAUUGUAAAACUGAUCACAGCACUAAAUUAUUGUUAAUUAAUUGAUGUAUGAAUUCAUAUGUUUCUGAUUCAUUCAUUUUAAAUUUCUUGCAUUAUAUCAAUUAAUUAAUGAUAAUGAACAUUUGAUGAAUCAGAAACUAAAUUAAUGUAACUUUAAAGCCAAUUUGCGAAUUUGAUGCAUUAAAUGUAUGCUGCUGUGAUCAUUUUUAUGAUUCUAUGUUCAUUUUUAUUAUAUUAAUUAAAAACAAUUAGUACCAUUUAGUGUGCAUAAUGGAUUAAACAAAUUUGUAUUAUUGUAAUGACUGUUAUAUAUACUUGAUUAAAUUAGAUCUACAAAA